AUGGUAUUCUCUCGUUCCUCGCGCUCAUCCAGCGACCGCGCCGGAUCCAUCGGCUCGCGGGAGAGCUACAAGAAGGCUACUCUGUCCAGCAAAGCUGAUCCCAAUCAGGCCUUGAAUGAAGCUCAACCAAUCAGCCAGGCAGUAUCAGGCAGUCCCAUGUUCUCCCUGCGAUCGAUGCAGCACCGCGACAAAGAUGGAAACAUCAUCACUGAUCCCGACCGGUCAAAUCCCACACGGAACCGUCUCGAGCGACCGCUAGAUACAAUCCGAUCGUUCGAAGCCGCCAUUGAGGCUCGUCGUCGGGAAAUGUGA